GCCUGCUGGCAUCGGCCCCGGGCCCUGCUUGUGAAAAAAACUUGUGGUUCUCCUCUAACGGCCUACCUGGGCUGCGCAGUGUGAGACCCGCCGGUGUGCUUCCUCCCGGUGCUUACCUAUCUGAGCAUGCAAGGAGGCUGUAAGGCUUCCAGCUAGACCCAAAGCGUAAGGGCAUGAAGUCAUCCAUUCCAGUUACUUGAUCUGAACUUGGGGAGAUAACUACUUCACACCUACAGGAAAGUUGUUGGUUUUGCUGUGAAGAAAUGGCCUCCAGCGCUGGAAAUGAAAAGAGUGUGAAUCCUGUGCUUAGAAUAAGUCAACUCGACGCUCUUGAACUAAACAAAGCCUUGGAACAGCUAGUGUGGUCCCAGUUCACCAGCUGUUUUCAUGGAUUUAAACCAGGAGUGCUGGCUCAUGUUGAACCAGAAUUAAAAGCAUUUCUAUGGCUUUUACUAUGGAGAUUCACUAUCUAUUCUAAGAAUGCAACUGUGGGACAGGCUAUUCUGAAUAUUCAGUACAAGAAUAAUUUAUCUCAGACAGAAAAAUACCAGCCUCUGAGCAAACACCAGAAGUUAUGGUAUCUUAUUUUCACUGUUGGUGGAAGAUGGUUGGAAGAAAGAUGUUAUGAUUUAUUUAGCAAUUGUCAACUACAGUACUUCCGUAAAAUCAAGCAUUACCUUAACUUUGGAGCUGGACUUCUUAAACUGUGUGGACUUGUAAAUUUUCUGAUUUUUCUUCAGAAAGGAACAUUUGCAACACUUACAGAACGCAUUCUAGGAAUUAGGUCAGUUUUUUGCAAGCCACAAAGUGUUCGUCAGGUAGGAUUUGAAUACAUGAACAGGGAGCUCUUAUGGCAUGGUUUUGCUGAGUUUCUGAUCUACCUACUACCACUCAUUAAUGUGCAGAAACUGAAACUCAAAAUUUCUUCUUGGCGUUUGCCUAUUGCAAGUCUUUCUCAUAAUGAAAACAUAUUAGCAGUUCACUGCAAGGAGUGUUCAUUGUGUGGGGAAUGGCCUACCAUGCCUCACACCAUAGGCUGUUUGCAUGUUUUUUGUUACUAUUGUAUUAAAAGUAACUAUUUAUUUGAUAUGUAUUUUACAUGUCCUAAGUGUGGCUCAGAGGUACACAGUCUUCAGCCACUGAAAUAUAAAAUUGAAAUGACAGAAUUUCAUGCCUGACAGGGGAGUUGAUUUGGUUUUAUACUGUACAUGAAAUACUGUAGUAGAGAUGAAUGGAAAAAAAAAACAGAAAUUACUAUAAACAUCUUGAAAGACAGUUUUGGAGAUUCUGUAAUUUCUUGUAAGAUUUGUCUUUACUGGUAUUUUUUUUUACUGAGUAACAGUGCCAAUUUUCCCAUCUGAAGGAAGGAAAAGAACAGACUUCCCCAGCUCUUCUGUUCUGUCAGACUACUUGAUCCCAGUUUGGUAUCCCUGUGUUGUCAAGUAUCUUCUUAGAUCCAUGGUCAGGCAGCCCACCACUUCCUAACUUCAUGCUUCCCUUAGGGAUAGAUGAGAAGACGAUGAAUAAGCUUUUAGCCACUUUGUAGAUUUUUCAACCUUGUAAAUCUUCUUCCGUUACCAACAUAACUAGUAGAUUUUAUGUGAAAGUCAUCCUAGUUACACCUAAAUAAUAGUUUUAUUUUUGAAUAUUUAAAAUCUGAAUUCUCAGUGUGAUGCUCCGCUGAAAGAAAGAAAGGUGUAAGACGAAGUCUUAUCUCAGCAGAUUAUUAAUAGUUUUCAUCAGAUUCAGCCACCCUAACAGGACAUAUAGUCUAUUUGUAAGAGAAGAAUAACCUUUUAAGUGAUCUGUCUGGUCAACAGACAAAAAGUUAACUUGCGCCUGCAGAAGGUAUAACCAUCUCCUGGUAUAACCACCUUCUAGAUCUUCAUCAGAUGACAAAACUCAUUUUCUCACCCACCAAUGUGUCUGUGAUCUUCAGUGAUGUAUGUAUGAUCACCUCCCGAUGCUUCCCUAUGAAGCUAACGGACACAAUCUAUCACCCACUGGGAUGCAGAAGCUACCUGAGGUAACAUGCAUUAUUCUAAGUCAGAUACUUUGGAGAAUAUAGUUUGCUCUCAAGAUGCUGUCUUUGGGACAUGCUACUCUUUCUUUGGAGUGGUGAUGGUGGAUUCCAAACCUCACUAACAGCUUACUACCACAGAGAAAACAGAUCAAACCCAGAUAUGUGUGUGUAAAUGUACUAAAAAAUGGGUAAUUGUUCCUGUUUUGGGCUAUUACUAUAUGUUUUUCUCU